CGCGGCCGCUGCGCUGCCUCCUGAGCUUCGCUGUCCGCCGGAGCCUGGGGCCGGUUCAGGGACCUGCCGGGUGGUCUGGCGUCCGUGCAGCCCGUUGGAGAUGGUUUCAUGGCACGCCAUGGCUGCAGGCCGAUCCUGUGAAGAUCCUGAUGCCGUCGCUGUCCCCGACCAUGGAGGAAGGGAACAUUGUCAAGUGGCUGAAGAAGGAAGGCGAUGCUGUGAGCGCGGGCGAUGCGCUGUGUGAAAUCGAGACCGACAAGGCCGUGGUCACCUUGGACGCCAGUGAGGACGGCAUCCUGGCCAGAAUCGUGGUUGAAGAAGGAGCUAGAAACAUCCGGCUGGGCUCACUGAUCGGCUUAAUGGUUGGGGAAGGAGAAGAUUGGAAACGUGUCGAGAUCCCCAAAGACGUGGGUCCCCCGUCACCAGCUUCAAGGCCAUCUGUGCCUCGCGCUUCGCCAGAACCACAGGCUCCUAGGCCUGCCGGGAAGGGGCUCCCUCCGCGGGCUCUGCAGUUCCGUGUAAGCCCAGCUGCCCGCAAUAUUCUGGAAAAACAUGGCCUGGAUGCCAGCCAGGGCACAGCCACUGGCCCUCGAGGGAUAUUCACCAAAGAGGAUGCUCUCAAACUGGUCCAGCUGAGACAGGCGGGCAAGACCCCCGAGUCCAGGCCAGCCCCAGCUCCUCCGGCCCCUCUCCCAGCGCCGCCCGGACCACCUGCGGCCGGGCCUGUGUACGCCCGGCCUCUGACCCCACCACUGUCAACGCCUGGGCAGCCGAAUGCACCGGGCACGUUCACGGAGCUCCCCGCCAGCAACAUCCGGAGAGUUAUUGCCAAGCGGCUAACUGAGUCCAAGAGCACCGUGCCGCACGCCUACGCCACUGCCCACUGCGACCUGGGGGCCGUUUUGAAAGUGAGACAAGACCUGGUGAGAGAUGACAUUAAAGUAUCCGUAAACGACUUCGUCAUAAAGGCAGUAGCUGUUACCCUCAAACAAAUGCCGGAUGUCAACGCCAGCUGGGACGGCGAGGGCCCGAGGCCACUGCCAUCUGUCGACAUAUCAGUGGCUGUGGCCACAGAGAGAGGUCUCAUCACACCGGUCAUUAGGGACGCCGCUGCCAAGGGCCUCCGGGAGAUCGCCGACACUGUGAAGGCUCUGUCGAAGAAAGCGAGAGAUGGAAAGUUGUUACCUGAAGAAUACCAAGGCGGAUCUUUCAGCGUCUCCAACCUGGGCAUGCUCGGCGUGGACGAGUUCACCGCGGUGAUCAACCCCCCGCAGGCCUGCAUCCUGGCCGUCGGCAGGUCGCGCCCCGUGCUGAGGCUCGCGGAGGACGAGGAGGGCAAUGCCCAGCUGCGGCGGCACCAUCUCGUCACCGUCACCUUGUCAAGCGACAGUCGAGUGGUCGACGACCAACUGGCCACCAGGUUUCUCGAAAGUUUCAAAGCAAAUCUGGAGAACCCCCUCCUCCUCGCCUAGAGCUCGAAGUGGUCGGGUCUGCAGCUUCGGGGCCAGCACGGGUGGCCUGGAGCGGCUCACGCUGGGGAGGCCACCGGGGCUGUCCUGUAAGUGGGCGGAACGCCUGUGUCUACGGCGAAGGCAUUUGCCUGAGUUGUCUUCGUUUUCGGUUUGGUUUAACGUUAGAGGGAGAAAUUAAGCUAAGCUGGAACUAAUAAAGAGCCCUCAGGGUGGUCAGACCACGCCUGACCGCUGGUGCUAUGCAGUAGGCUGUGAAGCUAGCUGUAAGUCAGACUCUGGCUCCUCCCAGCUUUUUCGGUUAUUUGGGAAUGUAUAUACAUUGUAAAAUAAAAAAAUGCCGUGACUCUGUC